AUGAGCAAGAACGAGGAACUUCGAAUCUACCAGGAGCUCAGGACGUGGCCGCGGCCCGUAUACCCCUUUCGGGACUUGGUCAGUCCGUUCUUCGAAGAUCUGGCCGAUGAGUGUUGUCAAUGGAUCGAUACCGACUGUCAGUCUGAGUCAAAGGCCGCUCGUGAAUUGCACAAACGGCAUCGGCUCACUGAUAUCGCCGCCCGGGCAUUCCCGGGACUGAGCCUGAAUGAGCUACGUCCCAUUGCGCGCUUCACAGCGUUCUUGGCUAUACUAGACGAUAUAAUGGACCACAGUGAGCCCAAUGAGCUGAAUAGGGUCAAGGAACGCAUCCUUGAUAUCCUGGCGGGCAAGGAGCACACACAGCCGCCACCAGGGUUCUAUCGCCAACUUUAUGCCAUUCGGGAAGAGAUUCUCGGGUUCCACAUGCCCACUCGCCUCUUCGACCAAUUUGUGUCAUCAAUCAGAGAGCUCAUGGUUGGCUAUGCCCGCGAGAAGAAAUACAACGGCAAGAACGAGGCUCCCCCUUUCGCGGUCUAUCAAUCAAUUCGCCGGCAAACAUCCGGAGGCCUGUGCUAUGCAAAGUAUCUGUGUGUUCAUCAGAACUAUCGCGAUCUCCCUGAUGGAGUACUCAGCCACCCGUCCAUACUGCGCAUGCACGACCUCGUCGCUAGGAUCAUUGGCUACCAGAAUGACUUCAUAUCGCUACCCAAAGAACUCUCCAGAACUGGGGACGCCGUCAAUAUUGUUAUGAGCAUCCAGAAAGAGUCGGGUCUGAGUCUUGCAGAUGCUUAUACAAAGGCUCUUGAGGUCCACAACGCUGACCUUGCCGAGUUUAUUCACUUACAGAGCAGACUCCCUGACUUUGGACCGUGGCGGCUGAAGACGCAAGGCUACGUGACCGAUCUGGGCACCUUGAUACAGGGAGUCUACGCCUGGCAUGUCAAAGAUACUGGGCGCUAUGCUCCCGGGGCCUACGUUGAGCCUGAGGACGGGGUCCAGCUGGACACCACGCCGACUGACAAGUACUCGACGCCAUCCACUGACGGCGUCGGCCGCCUCGCCACACUGUCUUCCUGA